AUGGCCAUGACAGAGUACUGUCAGCGUUUGAAGACUCUCGCUGACCCUCUGCAGGACCUCGGUGAACUGAUCUCUGACUGCACGCUCGUCCUCAACCUCAUCCACGACCUCUCCCCUCGUUUUUCUUCUCAGGCGGAGCUACUGCCUCUUCAAGUGUCGUUCCCGACAUUCUCAACCGCCCGAUCGGCUCUCCUCCUUGCUAAGAUACGCCAUGCUGCUCGUGCCUCCACGCCCGACGGCAUCACCGCCCUCUUCGUCACCCCCACGUCCACUCCGGCUUCUUCGAACUCCAAGGGCAAGAACGGUUACAAGGGAAAAGGUUGA